AUGAUCCCGACACCGCUACCCGUGCCUCGUCGUCUCGGCUGGAGCCGCCCCGAAGUCUUGGUCGCAGCACAUCCCAAGAGAGGCCUCGGGGAGCGGCGGUGUGGAUCAUCUGUUUGCUUCCCCACUUCGGUGACGACCUCUCCCUCGCCUCGUCACGAGGCGUGGGUGAGAGGCCAGGGGGGAGUUUCAGGGCGAGGGUCUCGUCACAGAAGGGGUCUGUUCGCGCCCGGGAAGGAGAUGCUGGCAGCGGAGAUGGAGCCGGGCAUGAAGACGUACAGUGCUUGCGUCAUGGCCUGCGCGAGCGGCGAUCAGUGGCAGCAGGCGUUGUCUUCGCUUGGAGAUCUGAGGGACGCGGGGCUUGUGCCGGAUUUGUUCUGCUACAAUAUUCAAUCCAACGCGUGUUCGAAGGGUGGGCAGUGGCAGCGGGCGCUCGCGUUGCUAAGGGAACUUUGCGAAGCAAGCUUGGAGCCCGAUCUCGUCAGCUUUAACAUUGGGAUUGGUGCAUGCGAGAAGUCUGGUGAGUGGCAGCAGGCGUUGUCGCUGCUGUGCAGUCUUUGUGACUUUAAGGUGGAACCAGACUCCGUUAGCUAUUCUCUUGGAGUUAGCUCUUGCGAGGAGGGAUGGCAGAUGCUGUGGGUAUUGCCCUUGCUGAGAGGUUUGUCUGACUCCGUGAUCUGUAAUGAAUUUCUGGUUCCAGCGCGUGCGAAACAUGUGUGA